AGGAAAAGAAAAUGAAAGAAAGAGUCAGUGUUAUAUUCGUAAUUUGAUAUCAUAGUUAGUUGUUUUCGGGGAGCCGAGAAUUCAGAUGAUAUAUAAAAGAGUGAUAUACUCUCCUCCUCCUCCCGUCCCUGGCUCAAGCCCUCACUCGUCUUCAAGUUUCCAGAGAGCAGGAUUUUUGUGUAGCAGAGAGUUGAGAAGGCUUUGUUUCAAGCUAGCGAGUUAACUCGGUCGGUAGUACGUGAUGGCGAAUGCCGAAACGGGACCGCAAGGGCUGACAAGGCGGCCGUCGCGGAGCGCUUCGACCACAACGUUCUCCACGGAGGUGUUCGACAACGAGGUCGUUCCUUCGUCACUUAGUUCUUCCAUCACUCCCAUCCUCCGCAUUGCCAAAGAGAUCGAACCUGAACGUCCCCGUGUCGCGUAUCUUUGUCGUCUCUAUGCUUUUGAUAAAGCAGAUAGGUUGGAUCCCAACUCCACCGGACGUGGAGUGAGGCAGUUCAAGACUGGUUUGCGGCAAAGAUUAGAGAGAGAUGAUGCAUCCAGUCUUGCCUCUCGAGUAGAAAAGACUGAUGCAGGGGAAAUUGGGAGCUACUAUAAACAGUAUUAUGAACACUAUGUUACAGCACUGGACCAGGGAGAUAAGGCAGACAGAGCUCAACUUGAGAAAGCUUACCAAACAGCUGGAGUGCUUUUUGAAGUUCUUUGUGCCGUUAAUAACACUGAGAAAGUUGAAGAAGUUGCUCCCGAGAUCAUGGCAACUGCCAAAGAUGUUCAAGAAAAGAAGGAAAUCUACACUCCCUACAACAUUCUUCCUUUGGAUGCUGCCAGUGCUUCACAGUCUAUCAUGCAGCUUGAGGAGGUUAAGGCUUCUGUGGUUGCACUAGGGAACAUUCGUGGUUUGAACUGGCCUUCGGGAUUUGAUCCACAAAGGCAUAAGGCUGGAGACUUGGACCUUUUGGAUUGGUUAAGAGCCAUAGACAAUGUCAGGAACAUGAGGGAGCACUUGAUUUUGCUGCUUGCCAAUAAUCAUAUAAGACUCCACCCCAAGCCCAAACCUCUUACUAUGCUUGAUGAACGAGCAGUUGAUGCUGUUAUGAGCAAGCUUUUUAAGAAUUACAAAACAUGGUGUAAAUUCUUAGGACGUAAACAUAGUUUAAGGCUGCCUCAAGGCUCUCAAGAAAUACAACAGAGGAAGAUACUAUAUAUGGGAUUAUAUCUUCUCAUCUGGGGUGAAGCAGCUAAUGUCCGGUUCAUGCCAGAAUGUCUAUGCUACAUUUUUCAUAAUAUGGCACAUGAACUCCAUGGCCUGUUGGCUGGAAAUGUUAGCAUAGUGACUGGAGAAAAUAUCAAGCCCUCAUAUGGUGGAGAUGAUGAGGCUUUCUUGAGGAAGGUUGUGAAACCGAUUUACUGUAUCAUUGAAAGGGAAGCCGAAAAGAACAAAAACGGAACGGCUUCUCAUGCAGACUGGUGUAAUUAUGAUGAUCUAAACGAGUAUUUCUGGUCUUCUGAUUGCUUCUCUCUUGGAUGGCCUAUGCGUGAUGAUGGUGACUUUUUCAAAUCAACACGUGACACGGGAAAGAAGACUUCUCGAAGAAAAUGUAGAAGCACCGGCAAAUCAAAUUUUGUUGAGAUUAGAACAUUUUGGCACCUCUUUCGAAGUUUUGAUCGACUAUGGACUUUUUAUAUUCUAGGUUUGCAGGUAAUGAUCAUUAUUGCAUGGAGUGGAGCUUCGUUAACAGAAAUCUUUCAAAAGGAUUUAUUGUAUGAUAUAUCCAGUAUUUUCAUCACAGCGGCCAUUUUGCGUUUCAUUCAGAGUGUUUUGGACCUUGCUAUCAACUUCCCAGGAUAUCAUAGAUGGAGGUUCACUGACGUUUUGAGAAACGUUCUGAAGAUAGUAGUUAGUAUUGCAUGGGUCAUCAUUCUUCCUCUAUUCUAUGUGCGUGAACUCUCUUUUGUCCCUGAGAACGUUAAAGAUAUGCUAUCGUUUCUUAAUCAAGUAAAGGGCGUUUCUCCGCUAUAUGUCAUGGCUGUGGCGCUAUACUUGCUCCCAAAUUUACUGACAGCUGCUCUGUUCAUUUUUCCAAUGCUCCGGCGUUGGAUUGAAAACUCAGAUUGGCACAUUAUUAGGUUACUGUUAUGGUGGUCACAGCCUAGAGUUUAUGUGGGGAGGGGAAUACAUGAAAGUCAGUUUGCGCUUAUAAAGUAUACUCUGUUUUGGUUAAUACUUUUGUGUGCCAAGUUUGCAUUCAGCUAUUUUGUCCAGAUAAAACCACUGGUGCAGCCAACAAAAGACAUAAUGAGCAUUCAUCGUGUUAAAUAUGCAUGGCAUGAAUUUUUCCCAAAUGCUGAGAACCACUUGGGAGUUGUGUCACUUUGGGCACCGGUAGUGUUGGUUUAUUUUAUGGACACUCAAAUUUGGUAUUCUAUUUUCUCAACCAUAUAUGGUGGCGUUAGUGGGGCUUUUGAUCGCCUUGGAGAGAUAAGAACUUUGGGCAUGCUAAGAUCACGGUUCCAGUCCCUGCCAGGUGCAUUUAAUGCAUACUUGGUACCUACUGAUAAAUCGCGGAAGAGAGGAUUCUCUUUAUCAAAGCGAUUUGCUGAGGUUAAACUUCUACUGACUCAUUAUAUUGUUGUACAAUGACAGCAAACAGAAGAAGCGAAGCUGCAAAAUUUGCUCAGCUAUGGAAUGAAGGAGAUGGACCUUUUACUGGUUCCUUAUACAUCAGAUCCUAGCUUGAAACUGAUUCAGUGGCCACCAUUUUUGCUAGCAAGCAAGAUCCCAAUUGCAUUGGACAUGGCAGCUCAGUUCCGUUCGAAGGACUCUGAACUUUGGAAGCGCAUCUGUGCUGAUGAAUACAUGAAAUGUGCUGUAACUGAAUGCUAUGAGUCUUUCAAACUUGUUCUAAACACUCUGGUGGUUGGAGAGAAUGAGAAAAGGACCAUAAGAAUUAUUAUCAUGGAAAUCGAGAGUAACAUUUCGAAGAAUACUCUUCUUGCAAAUUUCAGAAUGGCUCCUUUACCUGUCCUUUGGAAGAAAUUUGUGGAGCUUGUGGGGAUCUUGAAAGAUGGUGAUCCCUCCAAAAAGGAUGCUGUGGUUUUCUUGCUGCAAGAUAUGUUAGAAGUGGUGACCCGUGAUAUGAUGGUCAAUGAAAUACGCGAAUUAGUAGAGCUAGGACAUAGUAACAAGGAAUCGGGAAGGCAACUUUUUGCUGGCACUGACGAAAAACCUGCUCUAGUGUUCCCUCCCGUGCUAACUGCACAUUGGGUAGAACAGAUACGACGUCUUCAUAUCCUUCUGACAAUCAAAGAAUCUGGCACUGAUAUACCAUCAAAUCUUGAGGCUCGUAGAAGGAUUGCAUUCUUUGCAAAUUCAUUGUUUAUGGAUAUGCCACGUGCUCCUCGAGUUCGUAACAUGCUCUCGUUCAGUGUCCUGACUCCAUACUAUAGUGAAGAGACUGUCUAUUCGAAAACUGAACUUGAGAUGGAAAAUGAGGAUGGUGUAUCUAUCAUUUUCUAUCUGCAGAAAAUAUUUCCAGAUGAGUGGAAUAACUUUACUGAGCGACUCAACUGUAAGGAGAAUGAGAUUUGGGAAAAUGACGAAAAAAUCUUGCAGCUUCGCCAUUGGGUCUCCUUGAGAGGACAAACUCUGUGCAGGACAGUCAGAGGAAUGAUGUAUUACAGACGAGCUUUGAAAAUUCAGGCUUUUCUCGACAUGGCUACUGAAAAUGAAAUAUUAGAAGGAUACAAAGCCAUCUUAACUGCAUCUGAUGAAGAUAAGAGAAGUCAGAAAUCCCUGUAUGCCCAGUUGGAGGCAGUGGCUGAUCUUAAAUUUACUUAUGUUGCUACCUGUCAAAACUAUGGAAAUCAAAAAAGGAAUGGAGACCGUCGUGCAACUGACAUCCUGAAUUUGAUGGUUAAUAAUCCCUCGCUUCGUGUGGCAUAUAUUGACGACGUUGAAGAAAGGGAGGGUGGAAGAGCACAGAAAGUUUACUAUUCUGUACUGGUUAAAGGUGUUGAUAGUCUUGACCAGGAAAUCUAUCGGAUAAAGUUGCCAGGAAAUGCAAAGUUAGGAGAAGGAAAACCUGAAAAUCAGAAUCAUGCUUUAAUAUUUACUCGUGGAGAAGCUCUUCAAACCAUUGAUAUGAAUCAGGACAAUUACUUGGAAGAAGCAUUCAAAAUGCGUAAUCUUUUGGAAGAAUUUAAUGAGGAUCAUGGAGUAAGACCACCUACAAUUUUAGGAGUUCGAGAGCAUAUCUUUACGGGGAGCGUCUCUUCUUUAGCUUGGUUCAUGUCAAAUCAAGAAACAAGCUUUGUCACCAUUGGUCAAAGAGUUCUUGCAAGACCACUAAAGGUUCGUUUCCAUUAUGGUCAUCCAGAUGUGUUCGAUAGAAUCUUCCAUAUAACCCGUGGAGGCAUCAGCAAGGGUUCUCGUGGCAUCAACUUGAGUGAGGACAUCUUUGCUGGUUUUAACUCAACUCUGAGACGAGGGAACAUUACUCAUCAUGAAUAUAUUCAGGUUGGGAAAGGUAGGGAUGUUGGGUUAAACCAAAUUUCACUUUUUGAAGCGAAAGUGGCUUGUGGUAACGGGGAGCAGACACUCAGCAGAGACAUCUACAGAUUAGGCCAUCGAUUUGACUUUUUUCGCAUGCUGUCCUGCUACUUUACUACUGUUGGAUUUUAUUUCAGCUCAAUGUUGGUUGUCUUUACAGUCUACUUUUUCUUGUAUGGAAGACUUUAUUUGUCAUUAAGUGGUUUAGAGCAGGCAAUACUUAAGUAUGCUUCAGCUAAGGGAAAUGAUUCUCUUAAGGCAGCCAUGGCUUCGCAGUCUAUAGUUCAAUUAGGCGUUUUAACAGUACUACCCAUGGUCAUGGAGAUUGGAUUGGAGAGAGGAUUUAGAACUGCAUUAGGUGACAUCAUAAUCAUGCAGCUUCAGUUGGCAUCUGUGUUCUUCACUUUCUCCCUUGGAACAAGAGUCCAUUACUUUGGGCGCACUAUUUUGCAUGGUGGGGCUAAAUACAGAGCAACGGGGCGUGGUUUUGUGGUGCGGCAUGAGAAAUUCGCAGAGAACUACCGCUUGUACUCAAGAAGCCACUUUGUAAAAGGGCUGGAGCUAAUGGUAUUGCUUAUAUGUUACAAGAUUUAUGGUUCUGCAGCAAGUGGAGCCGUCUCUUAUGCACUCCUCUCAUUUUCAAUGUGGUUCUUAGUUUUAUCCUGGCUGUUUGCUCCUUUCCUUCUGAAUCCAUCGGGAUUUGAAUGGCAAAAGAUAGUAGAAGAUUGGGAAGAUUGGUCAAAGUGGAUUAGUUGCAGAGGUGGUAUUGGAGUUCCCUCAGUUAAGAGCUGGGAAUCUUGGUGGGAGGAAGAACAGGAGCACCUGCGCCACACCGGGUUUAUGGGAUGUCUUGUUGAUAUUAUUCUUUCUAUACGCUUCUUCAUUUACCAGUAUGGAAUUGUGUAUCAUCUAAACAUGACCACCAGUAUCAGACAAGGUAUUCGGCAGAGCAUUGUGGUUUAUUGUCUUUCCUGGCUGGUCAUUGUUGCCGUGUUGAUUAUUUUAAAGAUAGUGUCCAUGGGUAGGAUGAAGUUCAGUGCGGAUUUCCAGCUAAUGUUCAGACUUGUUAAGCUAGUCAUGUUUGUGGGGAGUAUAGUCACUAUUGCAAUGCUGUUUUAUUUCCUUGAUCUCACAAUUGGAGAUAUCUUUCAGAGCAUACUGGCCUUUGUGCCGACAGGGUGGGCUCUUCUGCAGAUAUCACAAGCAUGCCGGACAGUGGUGAAGGGAAUAGGAAUGUGGGGGUCAGUGAAGGCACUAGCAAGAGGGUACGAAUACAUGAUGGGGGUGUUGCUGUUUGCACCAAUAACUAUAUUAGCAUGGUUCCCCUUCGUCUCAGAAUUCCAGACCAGGCUGCUAUUCAACCAAGCUUUCAGCCGAGGCCUUCAAAUCCAACGAAUUCUGGCUGGUAGCAAGAUGCAAGCCUAAAAAAAUACGAUUGUUGUUUUAUGAACUUCGGCUUUUACACGAAUUUGAUUUUGGAAAGAAGUAAGAUUAGCUUUCAACAAUAUGAUUCCUCUAACAAGAUUACUUAACACCUCACUUGUAAUAUUAAAUGCUUAAGUUUGGUUCAGAAAGUCAGAAUGUUCGAUUCUUGUGUUUAGUGCAUGAAUGUAAGAUUGUUUACCAAAUUGGUCUUUGAGCAGAAGGAUAAUAUUCUUUUUCAAGCAAUACAAUACCAAACGAAUGAGUACAGUUCUUUAAA